AAAAAAAACACGUGUACAUCUUUGCUUGACUCGAUUGCUGACUCACACAGGCCACCACCCCACAACACCACUACAUUGCAUGAGCUUUGCCCACCUGUCAUUUCCUCUUCUUACAUCGAUCUCCUUGGAAACCGCCAUCACCUCUGGGCCUCAGUUUUUAUAACCAUUUUCCAAACUUCCUGAUGUCUCGAAUUCUCACACAGAGUCACAUUGCAUAGGAUACAUCCUAGUACUGCAUUUUUUUACUACAUAAAAUCCAUUUGUGUUCCAAAAGAAAUUUCCAAAGAUAUCUAUCAUCUUUUGAUCAAGAAUUGACAAUGUCGUCAGAGCAAAUGAGAAGGGAAACUGUUACGGAUGAGCGAGCAGUCGAUGUAGAGAAAGACAGGGUCCCGAAAAUGGCUACCCAUUUUGAGUCUCUGGCUGUGAAAGCCGGUGGAGGCACAGAUGAAGAAAGGGGUGAAGGGAUAGAAAGGAAGAAGGGCGAAGAGGAAGGUAAAGAGAAAGAAAUGCCUUCCUUGGAGGAGAUAACCGAGUAUAGGCAACAGGCGCAGCAGAAUUCCAUGGAGGCCAUCAGGGCUGCCGAGGAGCGUUCGCGGCAGGCAAAGGAAGCGGCAUGUCAGAAACCUGGUGCAACAUCUGAGUAUGCCGCUGAGAAGGCAGGGCAAGCCAAGGAAACAGCGAAGCAGGGAGUUCAAACUGGAUCCCAAUAUGCUGCAGAAAAGGCAGGCCAAGCCAAGGAAUCUGUCAAGCAAGGUGUUGAAAGUGGAACUCAAGUUGCUAGUGAGAAGGCUAAAGCCUUGAAGGACGCCGCUGUUGAAAAGGGUCAAGAGGCCAAGGAUGUUACAGUGGAAAAGGCGGUCCAGGCUAAGGAUGCUACAGUGGAUGCAACCAAGAAGGCGGCUGGUUAUGUUGGAGAACAAACAGCGGUUGUUAGGGAUAUUACAGUGGAAAGCGGCAAAACUGCAGUAGGAUACAUGGGAAAGGUGGCCGGGGAAGCCACAGACAUGGCGGCCGUGGCUGGCUGGGGUGCGGCACAUUACACGGCAGAAAAGGCUGCUCAGGGUACUAAAGUAAUGGCUGAUGUAGCUGGGGUGGCCAAGGAUAAGGUGGCGGGUGCAGGACAGACAGUUGUCAGGUAUACUGAGAGUAAAUUGGCUGCUGCUAAAGAUGCUGUAGUCGCAACUGAAGAAAGUGCUGCCGAGCAUGCAGCUAGGAAGAAGGCUGAGGCUCAGAGAGAAUUAGAGGAGAAGAAAUCAACUCCAGUUAAGGAAGGUGGAUUCAUCACCAAGGAAAAGCAAUACGAGGAAGAGGGAGGAGAAGCCAAACCAACAGAAAAGGAGUUUAUCCAAGAAGAAACGAGACAAGAAGGACAGGGCGGUGGAGUGCUGCAUGCAGUUGGCGAAACUUUAGCUGAAAUUGGUCAAACGACGAAAGAUCUUCUUACCGGACAGGGCCUGCCUGGUCAGACUCACACCUUCGAUAAAGAUGAAUCACACAAAGAAGAGCAAAAAGGGCAAUCCUGACUGAAAUUGAUUUAGUGCUUCGCAUAUAUUAUCAUGUUGCUGUUGUGUAUGAAAGGCCUUCCAAUGAUGCUGUUUUUUUUCUUUUCAUCAUGUUUGCUUAUGUAGUUAUGUUUUGUGGCGAAGGAAAUUUGGGUGCAGUUCAGAUGUUCAAUUCUGUUAACUAUUGUAUGUAAUCCUCUUUGAUGCGUGGUUUCUUAUGUUCAAGAAUCUCAUAAGGUUCAGUGCA